GGCUGCCCCCACCCCCUUGGGGGGCGGGGUCGUAUUCAGAGCCAAUGAGAGCUUGGGGGGCGGAGGAGUAGGGAAGCUUCCAGAGGCAGAUGCGGAGAAGGUUAUAAAGGAGGUAGCGAGGGGCCGGUGCGGAGAGAGCCAUGCAGUCCAAGCGAGAGUGUGAGCUAUGGUGUGAGAGGGUGAAUCCAGAGAACAAGGCCGCGUUGGAGGCGUGGGUCAGGGAGACCGGCAUCCGCCUGGUGCAGGUGAACGGGCAGAGGAAGUAUGGCGGGCCACCCCCAGGCUGGGUGGGCAGCCCGCCGCCGGCCGGGUCCGAAGUGUUUAUCGGACGGCUGCCUCAGGACGUGUACGAGCACCAGCUGAUCCCACUGUUCCAACGCGUGGGCCGCCUCUACGAGUUCCGCCUGAUGAUGACCUUCAGCGGCCUGAACCGCGGCUUCGCCUACGCGCGCUACAGUUCGCGGCGCGGCGCCCAGGCAGCCAUCGCUACGCUGCACAACCACCCGUUGCGGCCGUCCUGCCCGCUGCUCGUGUGCCGCAGCACGGAGAAGUGCGAGCUGAGUGUGGACGGGCUGCCUCCGGGUCUGAGCCGCCGCGCGCUGCUGCUCGCGCUGCAGCCCCUGGGUUCCGGCCUGCAGGAGGCGCUGCUAAUGCCCAGCCCCGGGCCGGCGCCCGCGCAAAUUGCGCUGCUCAAGUUCAACUCGCACCGCGCGGCCGCCAUGGCCAAAAAAGCCCUAGUGGAAGGGCAGUCCCGCCUCUGUGGAGAGCAAGUGGCCGUGGAGUGGCUUAAGCCAGACCUGAAGCAGCGACUCCGCCAGCAGCUUAUGGGUCCCUCACUGCAGUGCCUACAGCCAGAGGGCAGUCGACUGGCCCCAGCCAGGGACAAGCUAGAGUCCCACCAGGCUCGGGCUGCCCUGCAGCUGUUGUGCCAAAGGAUGAAGCUGGGCAGCCCCGUGUUCCUCACCAAGUGUCUGGGCACAGGCCCUGCCGGCUGGCACCGCUUCUGGUACCAGGUGGUGAUCCCUGGGCACCCAGUGCCCUUCAGUGGCCUCAUCUGGGUGGUGCUGGCCCCAGACAGGCAGGAUGGGCACGAGGUGGCUAAGGAUGCAGUGUCUGCCAGGCUGCUAGAGGCACUGAGUGAGUCUGGAGCCAGCCUUCUCCAGUCUGCCGGGGCUGAGGCAGGUACCAUGGUUAAGCAGUGACCCUGUCCUCUUCACAGGCAGCCUGCACAAUUUGGCAGAGCCUGUGUCAGUCUCCAGCCCAGCAGGCCUGGGCAGCCACCAUCUGUCCUCAAAGAGGAGCGUGGGCCCUGCCAUACCUCGGACAGCCUCCCAGCUGGGGCAGGGCCCCAGUACACCAGGAAAGCUCAGGGUUGGCUAAGUUGUGGUGAAGGACCUUGUUCUCCCCCUCCCAGCC